CCCACCUUUCCACACGCAGCAGUCCUCUUCUAUCCUGAAGGAAGAAAUCCAGGUGAAGAAAAAUCAUGCCUUUGUUUAGUAAAUCGCACAAAAACCCUGCUGAGAUUGUGAAAAUUCUGAAAGAAAACAUGGCCAUAUUGGAAAAACAAGAAAAAAAGACAGACAAGGCAUCGGAGGAAGUGUCAAAAUCUCUGCAAGCAAUGAAGGAAAUUCUGUGUGGGACCACAGACAAGGAGCCACCUACAGAAAUCGUGGCUCAGCUGGCGCAAGAGCUAUAUAACAGUGGCCUUCUAGUGACGCUUAUUGCCAACCUGCAGCUGAUAGAUUUUGAGGGCAAAAAGGACGUUUCCCAGAUAUUUAACAACAUCUUGAGAAGACAAAUCGGCACACGCAGCCCUACUGUGGAAUACAUUAGUGCCCAUCCACAUAUCCUAUUCAUGCUUCUAAAAGGAUAUGAAUCCCCAAAUAUUGCCUUACGCUGUGGAAUUAUGCUGAGAGAGUGUAUCCGGCAUGAACCCUUGGCCAAAAUCGUACUUUUUUCAGAACAGUUCAGAGACUUUUUUAAAUACGUGGAAAUGUCAACAUUUGAUAUAGCUUCUGAUGCUUUUGCUACAUUCAAGGACCUGUUAACGCGACACAAACUGUUGGUAGCAGAAUUUCUGGAACAAAAUUACGAUGCGAUCUUUGAGGAUUAUGAAAAACUCCUUCAUUCUGAGAAUUACGUAACAAAGAGACAAUCUUUGAAGCUGCUGGGUGAAUUGAUUCUGGAUCGACACAAUUUUGCCAUCAUGACAAAAUACAUCAGCAAACCAGAAAAUCUGAAGCUGAUGAUGAACCUGCUGCGAGAUAAAAGCCCCAACAUUCAGUUUGAAGCAUUCCACGUGUUCAAGGUUUUUGUGGCCAGUCCAAACAAGACACAGCCUAUUGUGGAGAUCCUGUUGAAAAACCAACCCAAGCUAAUUGAGUUUCUGAGCAAUUUCCAGAAAGAGAGGACGGAUGACGAACAAUUCACUGAUGAGAAGAACUACCUGAUUAAGCAAAUCCGAGACUUGAAAAAGCCGACAGCAUGAAGAACUCCUCUCGUUUUCCACUGUAGGCAUUAAUCUCAUUUGUUAAGUUCCUCUGUGUCCCUUAAACACCACAAUAAUGCUUGAGAAGGCACAGCAAGUGCCUGGUUUUUAUUUUGUCUUUGUUCCUAGAUGUCAAGAGUAUAGGGGUUUUACAUGAAAACUAAAAAACCAAAAAUCUAGAAUAAUAUAUUAUUUUUAAUCAAGACUAUAAUUAUUUAUGUCAGUUUAGAAUCUUUCUGUAAUAGAAGCUGGUGUGAUGGAUUUUUCAUUUGUGCUCAAGAAGAAUGAACCUCUUUGCUUAACUUUAUCAGUAAACUCAAGCUGUUGGUGAGUGCACAGAGUAGGUCUUCUGCGGACCGUAACGUUGUUCCUUUGCACCUGUAGUUGUGACUUUGUUCUAGUGCUGCACACACACAAGACUGUGAAAGAGUACGUUUGUCUCUGGAGUUAGCUGCACUUAUAGAUCGGGUUCUUCAGUCCAAACAGUGGGAGAUGAAAGAGCAGUAAAGGUCACAUUUUUGCUUUAUUUUUGUGUUCUUU